AUGCAACUAGCCUGCCUGAAGCUCGGAUGGGCCCCUUGGAGGGGCACCGAUCUCAACGACGAGGCGCUCUUUCUGCUCAUCAACCAGUCGCCUCCCCUUUUCAUCUUUGUAGGAAUAGCCGUGCAGCUAGCCUGCUUGAAGCUCGGCUGGGCGCCCUGGAGGGGCACGGAUCUCAACGACGAGGCACUCUUUCUGCUCAUCAACCAGUCGGUGCGAACGGCAUCAGGGAUCGCCAUUGUGUGGCUUGUAGCCCGCCCCUUCCAACCACUGCCCACCGACCUCUUCCACUGGGGUUUCGAGGACCCCUUCAGUUGUCGCAAGGGAUGGCUGUCCUGGGCCGGCGUUGGCGUUUUGACUGCUGGGCUUGUGGUGUUUGCUACUGCCACUGCCACCACGGCCCUUUCAGGAGGCAUUGACCCGCCUAGAGAGGAUGCAGACGCGUUGGUGCAAGUGCUGCCGAUCAUAGCCGCCUCUCCUUUCAGCACCGGCGCACUCAUCUUCGUGGCCGGUGUGCUCGCCCCCAUUCUCGAGGAAACCAUCUUCCGAGCCUUCCUCCUCACGUCGUUGACUAAGUGGAUGCCGGUACCUCUGGCAGUGGCAGGGAGCGCAUGUGCAUUUGCUGCAGCCCACAUGACUCCUAACGAGUUCCCCAAGCUGGCUGCUCUCGGAUUGGUUUUGGGUUUCACCUAUGUGCGCACGCGCAACCUCCUCACACCGAUGAUCAUCCAUUCAGUAUGGAACUCAGGGGUCAUCAUCAUUCUCACGUUGCUGCGGAUGGAAGGAUAUGAUAUUCAGGAGCUGAUAUAA